UGGGGAUAAACGGUACUGUUACAUGGGGAAAUGCCAGCUUUAUAUUUUAAAAUGUUAAUGAUUUUUUUUUGCAUACAAGAUGCGGUCACACUGAACAAAAUCAGCUUGGCGCUUUUACUUUAAGACCAUCAAAAAUGUUUCCUCUACCAGCCAAUAUUAAAAUCCCAUCUCAGAACUACUAUUUUGAGAACUGUGUGGCUUUCACAGAGGAUCACAUUCCAGUGCAGAGAAUAUGUAUUACCAAAGUGCCGAAAAAGCUAAAGGAAAGCGCACUCAGAACACAUUUGGAAAUGUAUGGAAAUGUGCUGGAAAUAAAAAUAUCUAAGAACAAAAAGGAAAAGUGCUCAGAAGGUUAUGUGGUUUAUGAAACAGCAAAGCAGGCAGCCAAGGCUCUACAUAGUCCUAUUCAUCAUGUAAGCGGCCAUAUGUUCCAUGUGCGGGCUAGCGACAGUUGGAAGCAGCCGGAAGCCUACGGUAGUCCGUCUGAAACUAUAGACUUGCCGCCUGGGGAGGAAGCACCUAUCAUGCGGCUGAAUGAUUACUGCUUGGAGCGCAUCCUGGAGUACCUCGAUUUUGUGACGGACCAAGUUCGCUUUGCGAGAACCUGUCUGCGCUUCAGGGCCGUCUAUCAAAUGGCAUCGCGCCGAUUGCAUAUCAUUGCGGAUACGUACAAUUUUCUGGAUGCUACCAUUUGGGAUAUGCGUGAUUUUUUCCAGAUGUCUGGAUCGAAUGUGCAAUCCUUUGACACCGUCGGUGAAACAACACAUCAAGAAACUCUAUACGCUCUUCUCGGAGAACACUGUCCGAAUCUGAAUACUCUGGAUUUGUGGGACAGCCCGGAUAUAGCCCGUAAUGCUCACAAAAUAUUUCCUAAGUUAGGGAAACUAGAGGAGCUUGAUGUAUCGGGAACGGAUCUGCAGGACAGGUGUAUGGACUCGCUUAAGAAGCUUAAUAACCUAAAAACACUUAAUGUCAACUCGACUUUUGUGAAGGGGAAAACGAUGGAUAAAUUGCCGUCCUCAAUAGAAGAGUUAUCGCUGAACAGUUGUCCCGGUUUUAAUAUGGUCUAUUUGCCAAAGAUUUGCAAGAAGCUAACAAACCUGAAGGAGCUAAACAUGCUAAAGAAUGACACCUUGCCUAGAACGAUUGGACAACUAUUGGUUCGGGACAAUUGCUGCCCCUCUCUGGAGAUACUACGGAUAACCGUGUCCUAUAAUGAUAAUUAUGAUUUCGUGGCUCGUCUACCCAAGUUGAAACAUCUAUCGUUCUAUACGCCGAAAACUAAUCCUGAAUCCAUAGCAUUGCCUGUUUUUGAAGAGUUGGUAAUGCACAAGGCAGAGAUGCUAGAGCGAUUAGAUAUAAUUGGCUCCUACAUUUUGACUCCACAACAGCUGCAUCUAAUUUCCAAGUUAGUUGGACUGCGUACCCUGAUUCUGCCUCACAUCGACACAUUAGACGACGAAGUAUUGGCAGCAUUUGCUCGUCUACAAAAACUGGAGCGAAUAUACAUAAAUACGUCUACAAAAGUAACCGCUGCCGGGAUUCUAAGUUUAUUUUGCUCUUGUCCUAUGUUGAGCGUAUUUGGAUUAGAGGAUACCUCGUGGAGCGAAAAGCUAAUCAAGGGAUUUGAGAAUCAAGUGCGGGAAGAAAGUAAAUACAAGGAUAUGAAGAGGGUAUUGCCCAUUAAGCUGAUAUCCUCCUUGGAACAAAUAGAUUUAGAAAUCGAAGAAGAAUCCAUUGGAUCCAAAUUAACAAAGGAUGAUAUCGUUCAAUUAAUUUACCCGGAAACGAAGGGCGAGGGGCUGCCUUUUGACUAUGAUUUUGAGGGCUGCGAGGAUGCUUGCGAAGAAUAUGAUUCGUCCGAAGAUGAGUAUGAUGACUACGAUCAUAUGAGGAAUAAAUGGUAUGAGGCAGUUGAUGGUGAAGAAUCCAACUAGACUACUCCAAAUAUGUUACCAUUUUUUGAAUAAAAAUGAUAAAUGAUCAUUGAA